AUGAAGCAAUUCAUGAGCUUGAGCUUGGCUGCUUGGCUGCUGACUGUCUCCACGAUUGAUGGCAACACCAGCGACUGGAAGCGUGGAGACAACGCUGUUGAUGGCAACACCAGUGACUGGAAGCGGGAUAACACUGUCGAUGGCAACACCAGCGACUGGAAGCGCAGCGAGAACGCCAUUGACGCUGCCCUCUGA